CGGUUCAAACGCAACUUUCCGACGUGUGAUGAAUUCAUAUUUUGACGCAGUGGUCGGCGAUGACGAUGAAAAGGAACAAAACAAAGUGGAGGUGGCGGAGCUCCAGAACUCCCAAGAAGAGGUUCCAAAGUUGCAGCGCCAGCUUGUCGAAGUUGAGGGGCAACUCGCAGCGGCCCUUGCAGAAGUGACUCACCUCAAGGCCGAAAAGGAACUUAGCGAGGCUCUGGUGCAAGACCUUCAGCAAGCGUUGGCUAAAGCCGAAGACCAGGUUUCAUUUUGCGAGAAGCGGCUCGCGGAAGUUGAGGCGCGAAACAGUCAGACCCUUGCAGACCUGGCCGCCGCGGAAGCUGACGGUUCCCAGGUCAAAGAUCUGCAGGAGCAAUCGACUGCUGCUCGUGCUGCGAUGGCAGACUUGGUCACGGACAAGGAAGAGAGCCUUGCGACCAUUAAGAAUGGGUCAUUGAGCCAAGCCCAAGAGCAGGAGCUGCCACCAAUGCCCCUGGCUCCUCCUGAGUCUCGGAUGGAGGGCGACGAACUCUGGAAUGCAACUGCCAAUGACAGAAGGGACUUCUUCCACAGGACGAAUACGCCAAGCAACGAUGAAGGCGAACCAGCUGGGCUUCCGUUGCAGACGCGC